AUGCCCAGGAGGAGUGGACGGCUGAGCUCCAAAGGAGCAGGUGCACUUGUUUUCUCCUUCCUCCGCGUUGAUCUCAUUUCUGAACAAUUUUCCCAUCCUCCAAUCCAUCCGUCACAAUCUCAUUCUAAGAGAUCGGUAAAGUAUUUAUUUAGGAGGGAAAAGCAACUCUUUUCAACCUUUUUGACCACGGCAGCGACCUUCGUUAACAUCAUCUCUCUAGGUUGCGACUUUGCCUCCGCGCUCCUGCUUCUCUUCUUGGUUUCUGCUUUCUCGGUAAAGGAAACAGGAGCAAGCCUCUCUCCUUCUGGUGCAAACGAAUCAGAAAGUCAAGAUGAGUUAGUUUUGAGAUCGAGUGAGAAUGUUCACAAGGAUUAUACUGUAAUACCGAAAAAUUCAACACAAGCUCAGAGCAACCAGACAACAGUAGUUGAUCCAACAAUCGUUGCAAGAGAUCUACAAAAUCUAACCGCUGUGCAUCCACUUCAAACUUCUACCGAAGCAGCUAAGUUGGAAGUUCCAACCACAAAGAAUGAAGUGAUGGUGAAGAAGUCAGAUGACCAAAAUCUCAGGACAUCUGCACUAUAAUCUCCCAAACUCUUUCCAUACUGGGAGCAAGAAAUGGAAAGUGAUAGUAUGUAUUUGAUGUAAGGUUUUAUUCCAAACCAUGGAAUUGUGGACUUUUGAUUUGUUUGGCAAAGUAUCAGUGAUAUUAAAUACAAUAAUGAUCGAGGUCCAAAGUGCUUGUUCUGCUC